AUGGAUUGGCAACGCGUACAGUCCAAGCUCAGUAUGGACUGGAACCAGCUGAACACCACAUGGCAAACCGCCUCGCCAACCUUUCGCGUGGCUUGUGCUCUAGCCACUCUCACCCUCACAGGCCUACUCGUCUCCAUCAUUCGAGACCUCUACUUCUCCCCCCUGUCUCAAUUCCCUGGCCCAAAGCUCUGUGCCAUAUCGCGCAUCCCCCAUCUCCUAGCCACGGCCAGCGGUCGCCAACUACCUUGGCUCACGGACCUGCACAACAAGUACGGCGGAGUGGUUCGGAUUGCCCCUGAUGCUCUCACUUACACUGACGAGCGCGCCUGGUCUGAUAUCUGUGGCGCAACCAAAGCUGCCAAGAAUGGCAUGGCCAAAGAUCCUCGGCUUGCGGCUCUGGUGGGCGGUGAUUUGGUGAAUCCUGAUCCUGCGAAGCCGCGGUCACAGCAGACUCAUAGCAUCAUGCGAAAGGCAAUGGUCCCAGCCCUGAAGCGAGAAAACGUUAAGAAGCUAGAGGGCAUGAUCGACGGGCACAUUGAGGAGUACCUCAGCUACCUGGACAAGUCUAGCGGCAAGGGAACAGGGGAGGCUGUGGACAUGCGCGACAUGAACAGCUUUCUCAUCUGUGAUCUCAUUGCGGACCUCUUCCUCGGCGAGUCUCUCCAUCUCUUCACCGACCCCGAGUAUGUUCCCUGGGUACAUUCAUUUGACAGAUUCGCCCGAGGCGUCACCAUCCUUGCCGUUCUGAACCGCUUCCCCUUCCUGCACAAAUUCCUCCUGUUUGCCGUCCAUCGCUGGGGAAGUGCCGAGCGUGACUCUUUCAUGGCGCCCAUCUUUAACCGUUUUGAUCGCCGCGUUGCCCUCCCCUCGGCGCGCGACGAUAUGCUACAGAUGGUGCUGGAUGGAGACGCGGAUGGAUCAGGACGCCAAGGAACGAUGCCUCUUGACCUAUUACGCGAGUUCGCUCCUUUCUUGAUGCUGGGUGGCUGUGAGGCUAUGCCUACAGUUCUGACUGGCUUUGUUUACUUCGUCUUUCGCAAGAAGAACGAACGUGUCAAGAAGAAGCUACUGAGUGAAAUCCGGGGUGCAUUCGCUAGUGAAGCCGACAUCACGAUGGACAGGAUUGGGCAGUCCCAAAAGGAACUACCGUACUUCGAAGCCUGUCUCCAAGAGUCUAUUCGUUGCUACUCGCCCGCUGCAACCGGCACAGACCGUGUGGUACCUGCAUCUGGCGCUCAGGUUGCGGGACGCUUUGUCCCUGGCAAUACGGUAGUGAUGAUGCUACACCAAGUGACAUACCUGACUGAGAACAACUUCUCGAGACCUCAUGAAUACAUCCCAUCGCGCUGGCUGCCCGAUGGGAAAGGUCGUCCUAAGGAUUGCAUGAACGAUAAGAAGGGCAGUGUGCACCCUUUUUCAGUUGGUCCGCAAUCAUGCUUUGGACAAGAGUUGAGCUACCAUGUUAUGCGUAUGGCGUUAUGCAAACUCUUGUACCGCUUCGAACUGGAGCUUGCACCAGAAUCGGAGAAUUGGUUGGAUGGACAGCUGACAUUUGGUACUCGCUCUAAGCCACCGUUGAUGGCAUAUGUAAAGAAAGCUUCUUCUUAG